AUGAGCCAGAUCGAGAAGCGGGAAAGAAUUUUGCAAAUCAUCGCAACAGCGGGACCAACAGAAGAAGGCACCCAACCGACGAGUGUGCCACCGCGGAACAACAACAGCGUUGUCCGGCGGACGAAGCUCGACGUGCCACAAAACAUCAUCGAGAAGCCCAACUGUGGAGAUCUUUAUUCGUGUGGAUAUUGCCAGUAUCGAGGUUGCACCAGUAAGAUUCAGUUGUCCAAGCACAUCCUGCGGUGCGAGGACAGUAAUGAUCUUGUCUACCCCUGCGCACAUUGCAGCAAGGUGCUCGAUCGGUCCAGAAACUUUGAGCAGAUCUUCGAGCAUCUUUUCUAUCAUGGCGAACGUCUGUACCGUUGUUCCCGCUGUUCCUUCAUGCACUACCGGCGAGCAGAAGUCACGAAACAUCUGGAGACGGUGCAUGCUGGAACGGUGGUCGUUGUACGCGAAUCAAGCACAACGUGGUCCUGUAACAUGUGCGCGGAGCGCAGCCCGUACCGGCAGGCCAUGAUGGAUCACUUUUAUCAGACUCAUCUACUGCCGGGCGAACGUUACAUGUGUACUUUGUGUGACAAAAGCUACUUCGACGAUAAGUUCUUCGUAAGCCAUUUUCAACAGGAGCAUCCGGGCGAGAAGCUGCUGCUCAUGGAAAUGUACAAGCCGGUGAAAGCCGUUGGCGCUGGAAGCCGCUCGGAACCGAUGCCAAUCACAAAGUACGAUGCGUCGAAGCAGCAAAGGGUGAAGGUGAAGGUCGACAGCCUUGUAAAGAAUCUGGUAAGUGAGCCACGGUCAGAUGGACAGCCGGCGGUAACCGAAACCUGUAUCGAAGAUUUAAAAACGAAGGACCACCCGGAACCGGCUGCAUCAUGCACUAAGAAAGAUGCUGAGAAAUCCACUGCAGCUACUGGAGAAAACAAACAGAAGGCUAACCCGAAAGGACCGCGGGAUGAGCCACAAGAGGGUGUACCCCUGGCCGAAUUGCUUUUAUCGAGUGGCUAUUCAGUUACCAAGAUUACCUCAUUUCAAUCACUUAACGGUACUUAUGCUGAUAAGGGUAAAGCUUUACCAUCUACAUCAAAAUUGAAGAAUCCCAAAAGUCUGCAACCAGAACAGAAGCCGGUGGAAGAGAGAGAGAGAGGGAAAAGAAAACAGAAACUGGAGCUGAUGGAAAUGUACAAGCCGGUGGAGACCGAUCCGGUAAAAGAGCCGCGCUCAGGUGAACAACCGGCGGCAACCGAAACCAGUAUCAACGAUUUAAAAACGAAGAACCACAAGGAAUCGGCUGCGCCAUGCACUAAGAAAGACACUGAAGAAUGGGUUGCAGCUACUAAAGAAAACGAACGGAACGUUAGUGCGAAAGAACCGUACGAUGAUGUUCCCCUGGCAGUAUUGCUUUCAUUGAGUGGCUAUUCAGUUACCAAGAUUGCCUCACAUCAAUCACCCAACGAUGCAGAUACUGACAACGGCAUGGCUUUGCCAUCUUCAUCAGAAUUGAAGAACCCCAAAAGUUUACAACCAGAACUGCUGGAGACAGAACCUAAACCAGCGCCAUCGUUAGACGAUUCUGCGAAGCAAAACGUUGCCCCUGCUGAAGCGAGCAUUAGCACGGUCGACAGUGACAUAAAGCACAAAUCAGUGCUGCACCAGGAAUCGGGUGACCCCAUUGCCUUAGCGCCAUCCCCGUGCUCAUCGGUAAACCGCAGGAUAUCGAGAAGAGUUGCUUUGAAGCACGACGUCAGUCACCAGUGGAGCGAUUGCACACGGUUCUGCUGCUACCACUGCAACCUAAACGUCGGCACGUUUGAGGCUGUAAAAGCCCACAAGUGUCGCGCGUUCGCCGAGGGAGGACCUAAAAGUGGGCCAUUGUUGUGGAAAUUUUUAGCGGAAAAGGAAACCCCACGCGCUUUCCGUUUGGUAACGCUGCUGCGCUGCUUCUUCUGCUCGGAAUUGGGCUCGUACAGUGAGCUCGCGGAGCACGUAAGGGCCAAACACGCCGACAAGUCGUUGAUGUGCAUUGACUACUGGAACUCGUUCAAGUGUGGCCUGUGUACCUAUCUCAAUGGGUCCGGCGAUGAGAGGGAGUUUUCGGAGCAUUACACUCGGCAGCACGCCGCCUGUAAUACUGAUUUUAACCCUGACUUUCCGCUCAAUGACGAGUUUCUUAGCUGGGCUUUGGCGUUCGGUGCUCUGCCGGAUGCACCGAAAAAUGUAGACAUCGUUCGGUUCAUGUGCCAUCUGUGCCAUGUCCACUCCGCAAGCGAAACAACGCUUGGUGAGCACAUGGCGCAGCAUCUGUUUUCGUUCGUGUGUCCGGACUGCCAGACUGGGUUCCGUGAGUUGAAGGUACUCUACGAGCACGUCAUCACCGUUCACGCCCGAAAUGAGCUGGUUGUGGCCAAGAACUUUGAAUUCUCCAAAUGUUACGACCUGCUGCUCGACUUUCAGGCCGUUUUCUCGAACGGUUUGAUUAUGUCCAAGCGCCAUCUGAUGGCCACAUCGGUGUCGCCAUCGAUUGAAAAGUUGUACACCGGUAUACAGCGCGCUUAUACGCGACAGUGUGUGGCGCUGAACGAUUAUAAAGCCAACCUUCAACUACCGCUGUUCGACCGUGAUCCCGAGACUUGUGAAAUGUUUUUGAAAAAACAAAUGUUUUACCCAAGACCGACCCUCGAACGGCUGGACGGCUGUGGCAGCGAACAUUCGAAGAGAGUCGCCCACAAUGGAGAUGGAGGCGAAUCCUCACUCAACCACAAGAGACGUCGGCUAUCCAACGGUAGCUCUUCGUCCUACGAAUAUGAUUCGGAUUAGUUAGU